UUCACACUCAACAACUUGACUAUCGUUGGUCAUCAUUCACCCUUGUGUCUACGCCGGCAGCCAGACCUUCUCUUUCAAAUUCUCCUUGUUUUUCGGUGGUGGAGUCAUACGCACCGAUUCACCCUUCGGAUCCACGCCGUGAAAUCUACCUAAACGAUUUCUCUGGAGUCCUAUCAACUAAGUGAUUGCUUCCAAACCCCCAGAAAUCAAAACCCACACGCGAAAAGCGAUUAGGAAUCAGGAUGAGACUUGCCGCCGAACGCUUCCACCUCUCACGGCCUUCCGGGACUAGCGGGCGGAUCUUGUAUACGAUCCUCUUGGGACUCAUCUUGUGUACGAUAUCCAUCCGGUCUCAAUCCAGCCUCACAGAGGGGAGCCAGGACUCACCAACGACCACAGAAAGCAUUCCAGUUCAACCCAACACGACGACCUCCCCCAGCUCGAACGAUUCUUCAGCAGUCUCGACGAGCACCCUUCCAUCAUCUGCAGGCCAAUCGAGUCCGCUGCCUGGAUCGAGCCCCAACGGAACAACUGCGGAUGACGGCAACCAAUUCGGCUCGAGUUCCGACAAUCCUCCCGACCUGGCUGGCACCCAAACUACUGCCACCACUCUGCCCGCUAACACAAGCACCUCAACCUCAGUCUCCCGAAGCUCACAGCCCGUACCGCCCCCAAAACAGAGUGCCGGCGACUCCGGUGGGCUUUCAGGGGGUGCCGUGGCCGGGAUUGUGUUUGUUUCAAUUGUAGGAGGAGUCGCGUUAUUUGCGGGAGUGAUAAUGUACUUCAGGAGGCUCGAACGAUCGAUCGCCCAAGACAAGAGAGAGAUCCGCGAGAAACAGGCGCGCAGGUACAACCAGCUCGAGCAGAACCGACACACUUCUUAUAUCCCCGGGAACCAGCCCCAGCCGUACGAACUAUAAUCAUCCCUUGCCCGCUGGCUUUCCGGAAUCGCCCGUGAGAUGAGCAUCGAUGGGCUUGACCAUACUGCAGAUCCACUCACUCCUGUGUUGUUGUUGUUGUUGUUGUUGUUUUUUUCGACGGCAGUCUUUUGAUAUCCUAUCCCAAUAAAACAAAAAUGCUUUGCAUUUGCGUAGAGGCAUCUUCCGUAUCUUCCUCAAUGCCUCAUGCCGGUUCGUCCUGUUCCUUCUUGCCAAAAUCAAGCCAUCAACUCGAUCAAACACUGUACUACCAAAGAACAAAACAAACAAUCGAGCAUGAAGAAGUAACUGGAUCAUAUAUCCCUUAAUUUAAGCACUUAGUUCGUGUCAAUAGUGUGUAUAUCAUCAGAGUUCAAACCAAAAGUAAAUCAAUCA